GUUAGGGGGAAGGGACAUAAAAGCUGUUGUUUUCUGAGUGUGUUCCUAAGGUCUCACUCCGAUUCUCCUUAGUCAUGGCAGGCUUCUUGGAGGAAGUGCUCAGAAACAAAAUAAGAGCUAGCUUGACUAAUGCGGCUGACAUCCAGGGCCCCUAGCUGCCCACACCCGUGCGUGCCACCCUUCCCUGCAUUUGACCUUUGCUCUUCCACUAACCCUCCCGCCAAGCAGAACCAGGUGUGACCACUCGCCCUUUUCUGUCCAGUGGCCGGACAUGUCCCCUAGGUUCGUCAUUCAAAGCUCUUUCGGCAGAACUGGUUCCCCGAGCCCCGCGCCUGGGGUUGGGGACCUGGCCGGCUGCAGCCGAUCCUCCUCCCGGGUGUGAAUUACCUUUAGCGGCGGCAGCGGCGGCGGCGGCGGCGGCGGCGGCGGCGGCGGCGCGGCCCCGCCUCCCCUCGGCCGGCCGGCGGUUCAAGUGCAGGUUCGCAGCUGGGAGCGAGAGGCGACACCCCUCGCUCGCGCGCGGCAACCUGCUCCUUGGGCGGCUGCGGGCGGGAGGGGACAGCGCUCGGCGCGGCGGCCGGCAGUCGGGCGACGGAGCGUCGGAACCCCCUGCGGCGCUGGCCGCGCGGCGUUAAGUUGAAUAGGCGUCCGGAGCGGGCUCGGGGCGGGGAGGCGGCGGCUGGAGCGGGAGCCCGGCCCGGCCGGGGUUAAGCCUCGCUUGCUCCCCGCUGCCCGGCCGGCCGGCGGCCAGCUGCCUUCAGUGAGAGGCCGGCGCCCCGCGGGGUCCCUCCCCAUCCCCGUCCCCCUUCCAGCCUGCUGGAGGACAGUGGGGGCUGCUGGGCAGGAAGCCCUCCCACCAACCCGCCCCCGCCGGCCGCGCGCCCCGGGGGGCCCAGAGCGAGUGGGGCUUCUGGACGCCGAGAUGGCCGAUGAGAUUGACUGGCUGGACUUGCCCGGCCGGUGGACCUACGGAGUUGACCGCGGUGGGAGAAUCUUCUUCAUCAACGAUGAGGAGAAGUCAACCAGCUGGGUGCACCCUGGUACGGAAUCGCCCAUCCAGAGCGGACACUCCUCCAGCCCAGGGCUGCCCAAAGGCUGGGAGAUGGAUUCUACCCGGGAGGGAGCUGCGUAUUUCAUCAACCACAAUGAAAGACGGAACACAUUUCUACACCCAGUGACUGGCCAGGUCCCAGAAGAAAACAAAAAAUUUAACUUGAAAACAUCGGCCUUGGACAUGUCCAAUAAGGCAGGUGGAAAACGCCCGGCUAUCACUAGCAGUGACACAUCCAACCACAACAUGGUGUCCGAGGUCCCCCCCGAGCGGCCCAGCAUCCGGGCAACCCGAACAUCCCGCAAAGCCAUCGCUUUUGGGAAGCGCUCACACUCAAUGAAGCGGAAUCUCAACGCACCUGUCACCAAGGCGGGCUGGCUCUUCAAACAGGCCAGCUCCGGGGUCAAGCAGUGGAACAAGCGCUGGUUCGUCCUGGUGGAUCGCUGUCUCUUCUACUACAAAGAUGAGAAGGAGGAGAACAUUUUGGGCAGCAUCCCGCUCCUGAGCUUCCGCGUGGCGGCAGUGCAGCCUUCGGACAACAUCAGCCGAAAACACACCUUUAAGGUGACUACAUGCUGGGUGGAUGAGGCCGGGGCCGGUUCCACGCACUGCCUCUCCCCACAGGCUGAGCACGCCGGGGUCCGCACCUACUUCUUCAGUGCCGAGAGCCCCGAGGAACAGGAGGCCUGGAUUCAGGCCAUGGGGGAGGCUGCCCGAGUCCAGAUCCCCCCAGCCCAGAAGUCAGUACCCCAAGCUGUGCGUCACAGUCUACCGUCCCCUGCCCAGCUCCCUGCUGGGCUGGAGUCACUUACAACACCUCCCUUGGCAUCCCGCAGCCAUGAGAAGCCAGACUCCGAGAACAUCCCUCCUAGCAAACACCACCACCAGCCGUCCCACAACAGCCUCCCCAAGCCUGAGCCAGAGGCCAAGACUCGAGGGGAGGGUGAUGGCCGGGGCUGUGAGAAGGCAGAGCGGAAGCCCGAGAGGCCUGAAGUCAAGAGCGAGCCUCUGGUGAAAGCCAAUGGCAUCCAAGCCAGCCCGGAACCAGCCUCGGAGCCAGGCAGCCCUUACCCUGAGGGCCCAAGGGUCCCGGGGGGAGGGGAUCGGCCCCCCCAGCCCAAUGGCUGGCAGUAUAGCUCCCCGAGCCGGCCGGGGAGCACAGCUUUCCCGCCUCCGGACUCAGAGAGCGGGGGCCACCAGCGGAGCUUACCCCCACGUGCCAACCCCGACAAGAUUGCCCAGCGCAAGAGCUCCAUGAACCAGCUCCAGCAGUGGGUGAACCUGCGCCGGGGUGUGGCCCCCCCUGAAGACCUCCGGAGUCCCUCUAGGUUCUACCCCAUGCCCCGGAGGGUCCCUGAGUAUUAUGGCCCCUAUUCCUCCCAGUACCCCGAUGAUUACCAGUACUACCCACCAGGGGUGCGGCCCGACAGCAUCUGCUCCAUGCCAGCCUAUGAUCGGAUCAGCCCUCCCUGGGCCCUGGAAGACAAGCAUCACUCCUUCCGCAACGGAGGCGGCCCUGCCUUCCAGCUGCGGGAGUGGAAGGAGCCGCCAGGCUACGGAAGGCAGGAUGGCACCGUCUGGCUCCCCGGCCCCUCCCCCUCUCGGCAGCCAGUCUAUUAUGAUGAGCUGGAUGCCACGUCUGGCUCCCUGCGCCGCCUGUCCCUGCAGCCCCGCUCCCACUCCGUGCCCCGCUCACCCAGCCAGGGCUCCUACAGCCGCGCCCGCAUUUACUCCCCUGUCCGCUCACCCAGUGCCCGUUUUGAGCGCCUGCCACCUCGCAGUGAGGACAUCUAUGCGGACCCCGCUGCCUAUGUGAUGAGGCGAUCCAUCAGCUCCCCCAAGUAUGAUUACCUGGGAGACAGGCGGCCAGUGCCCGCAGGACUGUUCCCCUACAACUACCCACCAUCCCCCACGGUCCACGAUAAGACGGUCCCUCCGUACCCAGAGGUGUUCCGGGACGGCCUCCACACCUACAAGUUAAACGAGCAAGAUACAGAUAAGCUGCUGGGCAAACUGUGUGAACAGAACAAGGUGGUGAGGGAGCAGGACCGGCUGGUGCAGCAGCUCCGAGCUGAGAAGGAGAGCCUGGAAAGUGCCUUGAUGGGGACCCACCAGGAGCUGGAGAUGUUUGGAAACCAGCCUGCGUACCCAGAGAAACUGCUGCACAAGAAAGAGUCCCUGCAGAACCAGCUGAUCAACAUUCGAGUGGAGCUGUCACAGGCGACCACGGCCCUGACGAACAGCACCAUAGAGUAUGAGAACCUUGAGUCCGAGGUCUCUGCCCUGCACGACGACCUCUGGGAGCAGCUCAAUUUGGACGUCCAGAAUGAGGUACUCAACCGGCAAAUCCAGAAGGAGAUCUGGAGAAUCCAGGACGUGAUGGAGGGGCUGAGGAAGAAUAACCCAUCCCGGGGCACAGACACGGCCAAGCACAGAGGAGGACUUGGCCCCACGGCCACCUACAGCUCCAAUAGCCCCGCCAGCCCUCUCAGCUCCGCCAGUCUCACCAGCCCCCUGAGCCCCUUUUCGCUGGUGUCCGGCUCUCAGGGGUCCCCUACCAAGCCCGGGUCCACCGAGCCCAAGGCAAGCUACGAGCAAAUCAAGAAAGACCCCCACCAGACGUCACCCCUGGACACUGCUAGAGACAUCAACCUUGUGCCCGCCAGGCAAGACGUGGAGGCAGAGAAGCAGGCAGCUCUCAACAAAGUUGGCAUUGUGCCUCCUCGGACAAAGUCACCCACCGAUGAAGAGGGAACUCCGUCAAGGGUGGUGAGGAGGGGUGCCAACGCGCUCACCAAUGGACUCUCCUCCCGGCAGGAGCGCCCCAAGAGCGCUGUGUUCCCUGGUGAGGGCAAGGUCAAGAUGAGCGUGGAGGAGCAGAUUGACCGCAUGCGGAGGCACCAGAGCGGCUCUAUGAAGGAGAAGCGAAGGAGCCUGCAGCUCCCGGCCAGCCCAGCCCCCGACCCCGCUACCCGGCCUGCCUACAAAGUGGUGCGCCGUCACCGUAGCAUCCAUGAGGUGGAUAUCUCCAACCUGGAGGCAGCCCUGAGGGCAGAGGAGCCCGGGGGGCAGGCCUAUGAGACGCCGAGGGAAGAAAUCGCCCGGCUUCGCAAAAUGGAGCUGGAGCCCCAGCACUAUGACGUGGACAUCAAUAAGGAGCUGUCCACGCCAGACAAAGUCCUCAUCCCUGAACGGUACAUUGACCUGGAGCCCGAUACUCCCCUGAGCCCCGAGGAAUUGAAGGAGAAGCAGAAGAAGGUGGAGAGGAUCAAGACGCUCAUUGCCAAGUCCAGUAUGCAGAACGUGGUGCCCAUCGGCGAGGGGGACCUUGUGGACAUGCCGCAGGACUCAGAGAGCCAGCUGCAGGAGCAGGAGAAGCGGAUUGAAAUCUCCUGUGCCCUGGCGACCGAGGCCUCCCGCCGGGGCCGCAUGCUGUCUGUGCAAUGUGCCACCCCAAGUCCUCCCACCUCCCCUGCUUCCCCGACUCCACCAGCCAACCCCCUAGCGUCUGAACCCCCACGGGGCGCCGACAGCAGCCAUGCCAUGCGGGUCUGAGCUCGGACUGCAAGCCCUGGCCGAGGCCAACGGUGUGAAGCUCCACAGAGCCACGUUCUGAAGGCCGCCUCCGCCCACUGAGGUCCUGGUUCCCCACCCUGGCCCCCUGCGCCGGCGCUCCUGUGGGGACGCUGUAGGGAGCCAGGCUGGGGGCCGGGGUUGCCGCUGCCGCUGCCGGGGGAUACCUCAGUGUCGCCACGCCCGGCCCUGAAGCCCCUCGCUACUCAGAUGGCAGUUUGGCCAGGGCUCGAGAGGGCGGGCAGGGGCUGCCUGGGGCCCGAGUCGCCAGGAGCGAGGCCUGGCCCUGCCUGGGCCUGUGAUGGCCUUCCUGGAACGUUCCCUGACAAAGAGGAUGCCCCGGUGGGAAAGACGCCCUGGGCUGUCUUAGGUUAGGACUACGGGGAGGAGAAGAUGGACACUCUGCCUCUCCUGGGCCCUCUUGACACUGAAGACGGCGCCUGCCAUCGCAUCCUCCCGCCAUCGGCCCCACCCUGCUGCCCCAGGUGUACCCAAGGCUCUGACGCAUCUCUGCUUACGGGUGCUCUUUCGGGGUCCGGUGGAGACUGACCACCCUGCUUGAGCCAAAGACAAGACGACGAGAUGGGGAGAGGCUUCUCGGCCCCCGGAGGGGACAGGGCUGGCUGUGGGUAGAGAGCAAGCAGCAUGCAGGUCUGUGCAGCGUCCAAGGGCAGGUUGAGAAGGGCUGGAAGAGAGAAAGGGAGGGUCGGAGGCAAGUGGGAGGGAGGAUGAGGAAGCGGCAGGAAUCGUCGGCAAGAAAGAGGACAAGGCAGAGAUGGAAAAGGGGGUUAUGGGAUUGGUUUCCCCAGGAUGGAGCCUUAGCUUAGUGCCAAGUACAGUGCCAGACUGUCAGCUCUGCUCCCCCACCUGGUCCCCCAGAUCCGAGGGCUGCCCACACGCUGGCUCCGGGAGGACCCGCCCACAAGCACAGGGGGCCUGAGGCCGUAGGGUCCUAGGUGCAGGGAUGCUCGUGUGGGUGAGCAGCUUGGAAGAUGGUUCUUUCCAGAUCUGGGCCUGGUGUCUGCCUCCCCUACUAGGCUCAGGGUCAGAGAGAAGCACCUGUCUUCCAUAGGGUGUAAUCAGCCUCGGGGCCUUUCCUAACCUUGUUCAGGACAUUUUCUUGCCCCCCUUGCCCCUGGAAUGUGCUGUGGGCCAGCUGAGCAUGUGCCCUGGAGAGGGAAUGCAGCCUUAAUCUGGGAGGCCAGAUUCUAGGACCCCACCCCGCAUUCCAGGCUCCCCUCCAACGAGGACCAGAUGAGGCUGUACGGGAGGACUCCCUUCCAGCCUGGCUGUCUCACAAGCCACCUACCCAUGGAGGCCAGUGGAGGAGACACAGAAGCAAACCUCAUUCUUCCUUCUUGCCGCUCAUCUUCAAGGACUAGCCAGAGAAGAGGGAGGGGAGACGGUGAAGCUGGGAAAAACCUUGGCCCCCGGGGCUUCUCUUUGCUAGAGUUGAUGCUCGGAGACUUCAGCCUCCAGCGGCCCCAAGAACAACUACUUUAGCUGCCACCAACUCUUCUCCACUCCUUCACGGCUGGGACGGUUACUGGUUCAUAUGCAAGUAAAGAUGGCAAUUCAUUCAACAACUAUUUAUCGAGCACCUUUUAUGUACCAGGCACUGUUCUAGGUGCUUAGGAUAUUCUCGUGCGUCGGAGGGACUGCAGGCUGGGGAAUUCCACUUCACUUCCAGCAGAUGUUUUCAACGUGAUCUUUGGCUACAUUUCCCAUCUUUAGCACAGCUCAAGCACCCCAAACCUGUUUUGUUUUUCUCUCUUACACUCUGGAGGGUGGGAUUGGCUCUCCCUCUUUCUGACGCCUUUCUCUGCCCACAAGAAACAGCUCUUUGGGGGCCUUCCAGGCCUUCCCCCCUUUUUUUUGUCUGUCUCUCCCUUUUUUAAGUGAUAUUUUUAGAAAUACAUGUAAAAUACCAAGGAUUAAUGUCUGCACCUCUCUGCAACCUCGCUCUCACCUCCUAUUUCAUAAAGCUGGCUCUUUAUGUUGCUUUACAUGCCUUAAUAUAUGUUUUAUGAAGAUUAUACAUAUUAUAGAUAUAUACAUAAUAUAUAUAUUUGUUUGGAUGUCUGAUCCUUUCCCAGGACUCCUACCCAGGCCCAUUUUCUCUCCUUCACUUUCCACGCCAUUCCUAGCAGGUUGUGGCCACACCCCAUGCCUUUUGAUCCAAAGAAGGGGAGAGGACAGACAGAGCUAUUUUAUGCUUUUGUUAUAAAAGCAAAUCUAUUUUCAAAAAUGUGCAAUGUCUGAAUGGAAUGGGCCAAUGGUGGGCGGAGACUGGGCUGGCUGCCUCGAGGUCCAACCCUUUGUCCUCUCCUCUUCCCCGGCGGCUUCCUCCUCCCAUUCUCCAGCCUGCAGAGGGCUGGUCCCCGGAGCUCACCCGGAGAGCCUCGCACCAGGGCAGGACACAGUCUUGGAAGUCCUGGUCUAAGGAUCUGAUUACAACUGUCAACUCUUGAUGACCCGCUAGGGUUACGGGAUGUGAAUCCCCUCAAAGGAAAUGUUUACAGUUGUGUGCACUGAAGCACACCCGUGCAGGCACACACGCGGCCCCAGUGUGCUCCUGGACCACUUCCCUUUACCGGUCUGCUGGAAGGGGCAGACAGUUUCACGGCAGCCGAUGGUAAACAGCACCAAGAAACCUGUUCCCUGAUGGAGUCAGGAGGCAGUGCAAAGGCCAAAGGAAAACAGUCUGGGAUCACAGGCCCUCCAGCACAGACACAUUCAAGUUCCUUGGACUUCUCACACUCCUUGAUCCCUUUCUGGUCUGGGUCACAUCUACGACCUCUGUCUCCCUCUGUGACCUUUCCUCUGGGGGCUGUCGUUAAGGGGACGGUACCUCGGUCUGGCACCCAGACUGUGAAGUCAGCUUCUGGGCUGAAUCGAGCCCCACAGACAAGGUAACAUCUCAGCCUUGCCCAGGAAGCCCCUCCCCCCCCGGGACUUUCAUGAGGCGGGCUGCCGCCUGGGCUCUGAACUCCACCGGCCCAGCCCUCCACACGGCUUCUCAGCCCACAAAGUAGACAAGGGGCUCUUCACCUUGCAAGGAUUCGGGCAGAACGGAAGUCUUUUGUCCAGAUCUGGAAUCAAAGGUUUGGGACUGUCACAGAGCUCCUGGCUAGCAUUUGAAGCCUGACCUCCCAACUUUGACUUUCACGGACACCCUAUUCCCAGCCUGGAGCAUCCUGUUAUGAAUGAACGGGGCCCAGACGGAGGCCCAGGGCUAAGUGACCCACCAGGAGACAGCUCUGGUUACUAUCCGAGGUCCUCCCCAAUUAGCACAUCACCUCCCUGAUCAAUAACCAAGAGGCUGUAAUCAAAUACUGCUACUGUCACUUUAAAGAGUUUCUGAGGUCGCCAGCUGUGCACACUUGGUCUCCUGCCUUGGUGAAAGGCAUGUUCUGGGGCAGGGCUGAGUAUAGCAAGACGGAAUCAAUUCCUUUCCCCUUUAGGCACUCCCCCCCACCUGGCAGCUCUUAAAACUAAGGAAAAUAUGAAAUAUACGUAUAUAUACAUAUAUCUAUUUAUGCACAUACUGGGGCCAAUUUGAUUUGCUAGUCUUAGACUAAAUAAACCAUACAAGGAAAUGUAUGAUCUCAGUGUCUUUAUUUAGUAUAAAAGUGACCUUAGAAGAAAAGUAAAAGUUAGGUAAACAGAGGGCAUCUCUGUUGGGGGACCAAACAUCUGUAGCAGCCCCUUUAGCAUCUUCCUAGCUAACAAGCCCCUCCCCGGGGAGGGGCAUCCUGACUGAUAGGUGAGCAUUUGCUUCUCUGCUCCGCAACAUUCUUUUUAGAUUAUAGGUACUGAAGAAUCCCAGUGAGCUCUGCAUUUGUAUCUUGCAAGUUUGUAUAAAUCCGAUACAGGAAAUAAAAUGAAUGGUUUGUA